CGCCGAAAACAGGCGAACAAGAUCGACCUCGAACCAGUCAACGCCAAUGAUUUGGGCAUGGAGUGUAGACGCAUCGCAGAACGCGUUUUCGUUUGAACUUGGCGUCGAGAAGUAGAUGUGACAGAUUUGCUUAGAAUAGGGUAGUAAGAUGUUAUCAUGAACGGAGAAGAAAGGGCUUUUCCAACACGGAGAUGUAGCAUGGAUCAAAGCAUUUGUUGGAUUUCAGCUUUUACUAGAGGACAUCAACGCAGUAUUUAGCAUUUUAGCAAGCUUACGAACGCAUGUAGGAUACCAUGAGGAUU